AUGGUUCUUGUUGUUUCCACAGCAGUUCACACUUUGAGAUAUUUUUACACUUCAUCAUUUCAAGUUCCAAACUUCCCAAAGUAUAUUUCUGUUGGAUAUGUGAACGACUUUCAGAUCAUUCAUUACGACAGUGACACAAAGAAAUUGGUCCCCAAACAAGAGUGGAUGAACAAACUCACAGAGGAGGACCCUAGGUACUGGGAGAGAAACACUCAGAGGUGUUUGGAGAAUGAGCAGGCGGGAAAAGGAAACAUAGAAACUGUGAAACACCGCCUUAAUGUGACCGGAGGUUUGUGUUGUCUGCACUUUUCAGAUUAUCAUCUCUAUGGCUGUGAAUGGGACAAUGAGACUAGUGAAAUCAGAGGAUAUGAGCAACACUCUUUUGAUGGAGAAGAUUUUAUUUCAUUGGAUUUUGACCCUGAAACUUUUGUUGCUCCAAAACAACAGGCUUUUAUCACCAAACUGAUAUGGGAGAGGGAUGGAGAGGCUGUCAGAGUGAAACACUACAUCAUUCAUGAAUGUGCUGAGUAUCUGAAGAAAUAUGUGCACCACGGAGAGAGCGCUCUGAACAGGAUAGAGCUCCCCCUGGUGUCCCUGCUGCAGAAGUCCUCCUCAGCCCCAGUCACGUGUCACGCCACAGGCUUCUACCCCGACAGAGCCAUGCUGUUCUGGACCAAAGACGGAGAUGAGCUGCUGGAGGACGUGGAACUUGGAGAGAUCCUGCCCGACAGAGAUGGGACCUUCCAGACUAGUGUGUCCCUGGACCUGUCCUCUGUACCCCCUGAGGACUGGGACAGGUACCACUGUGCGUUCCAGUUGUCCGGGGACAAAAAUAAGUAUCUGACCAGACUGGACCGUUGCAUGAUCAGGAACAAUGACCACAAGGACCGGUUGGGCACAGCCCAAGGGAACGACGUGGGGCUGUCCUCCUGUGGACCCACUGCCUGCAGGUUGAUCCACGAGAGGCUGGUGCAGAGAGAUCUGGGCAGCAGGCGAAGCGUGACUCACCUGUGCUGUCCCCUGUCUGUCUCAAAGAAGAACUGCACAGCUCUCAUCUCUCCUGUGUUGGCUGCUCUCGCUGUUGUUCUCACUGCUGCUGUCCUUGCUGCAUUGUACUGGCGUCGUAGAACCCCGUUUCUACUAUCCAGGAGUUAA